UUACGUUCCUUUUGUUCUGGUAUUGGGGUGGCACCAAAAAAACAGCGAAAGACCGCACAUAUACGGAUCUAUAACCCAAGAAGGCGUUCGGUAUAUGCUAUCCUUUCUCAUUAUUUGCCGGUGGAGGUUUUGCGUCUGUGAUUUUAUCGACAGGGGUGGGGCAAGGGUUAGCCCGGGUGUUUCCUAUAUUUUUUUAUUUACUUUCAUACCCCAAAGGCCAGUUUAUAGAUCUCCGGCCUCGCGACUUGUUACCUCGGUAUCUUGCGCCAGCCAUUCUUUUCUUUUCUUUCUUUUCUUUUUCGCUUCAUACCCACAAUGUGUAUUUCGAAGUCUAUAUCCUUUUGCUGUGUACCGCGCCAGACGCGGAAAACUACUGCACUGGCGUUCAUUUGCAUCUACCGAAGUUGCUCAUUUCAGGUGGCCCGUCUCGUUUAUUCCUUCCUUUUGUGUCGUCUCCAUAUACUGCAUCCACUUCCCUGUACAUUCCUUUACUCCGAGCCCUCUCUACUACUGAGCUCCUUUGGUCUUGAUCGCAGCAUUGAGGAAAGGCGUAGGUUUUUGUGUGUUCCAGUCAUGUAUCCGCCUACUGAAUCUGAUACUUUGUAUUGGCCCACUGCGCUGGUCAGUGGUGCCCGUUAUUAUCACUUAUAUGUAAUUAUAGUCCUACAUGGGCAUCUGUUUGCCUCUGCACAUACUUAAUGAAACAGAAAUACGUGUGUCCUUGCG